UCAGUGUUGUUCAGGUGUAAAAAGGAUCCAAGCAUCCUGGCUUCAAUUACUGAUUUCCCCUGUGAAAAUCAUGGACUUCCUUAUGUUAUUUUGACCAAGUUUCCCCAGCCUUCCUUUUCACAUCAUUUCAACUCACAAAAAUCCUAAAUAUUCCGAAAAAUAGGAGCCUCAAACAAAAUUCCUGCAAAAUUAUGAGGGCGCAGUCAGCACUUCGCGUCCUCUGGAGGCAAGGAUUCAGAUUGUUUUCCAGAGCAAAUUCCACCAAAUAUCCUCACCAUCCAUGCCAUGACAAUGAUCCUAAGUGCCUUUUUAUUCCAAAAGGCACUUGUGAAAAGGCCAAGGAAGUGCUGACCUACGACUUGCCCCGUGAUAAGUUCCUCGAACAGAUGGAAAAGAAGAAGAAGCCAAAGUGCUGUGUCCUGCGAUCGGCGGCCAAGAAUCCUUGUCCAGAAAUCAAAAGACCCAAAAAGCCGAAGCCAAUUGAAGAGCCAUUCCGAUCGAUGUGGGAGCCACCAUGUGUGACGGACGAGCAGCCAUUCUGCAAGGAUAUGCUGCCACGCUUCGAUGCAAUCUACUAUCAUCCUUCGGACAAGUGCCGCUGCUACCAACGCACUUGGGUAGAAUGUCCUCCUAUUAAGCAACGCCUGAAAAAAGUGUGCUGCCUGAAUGGUAUCAAGCCACCAGAGAUUCGAUAUCGAAUCAAGGAUCCUUGUCCUGACUGCAAUAUACCCUACGAAUCUCUGAAGCUUCUCUGUCAAAGGAGUGAACUGCAACGUGAUCCUAAUUGCACGUGCAAAAAGCUUUUCUGGCCCUGUUGCAAACCAGCUAGGUGCAAUACAUUUUGCUCUCGCGCUCGCAGACCCUCUCUGUGCACCAAGCUACGGGCUCCAUAUCCAUCGUUCUCGGAGGUGGGUCGGAGGCCGCCUAAACCGAUACGGAAAGCCGAAUGCCAAUGUUGGCAUCCCGUUCCCCAAUGUUUGGUUAUGCAGGAGAGACUAAGGCGCAAUUGUUAAAAUCUUAAGUGAUUUUAUAUAAUCGAAAAGUGUUUUAGUGGAGGUCCUGUCUUUUAGAAUAAAACAAUGGCUGCAAGUUGACAAUGACUUGUUGCCAUUGCUUUGCUCUAAAUGUCAGGUCUUCUAUCUUAAAACUUGGAAGAAAAAUCAAUGAAACCAAAAUCAAAGCAAACAAAUCAAAAAUCCUAAUUAAAAUACUAAAUAAGCAGAAUAAAAUCUUUUCCUUCCACAAA